GUGGCCGGGCGGCGGCGGCGGAGGACGCGCCAGUUCGGACUCAGGCGGGUUUGAGGUGCAGCCGGAGCGCCAUGGAACAGCCCCGGAAGGCGGUGGUAGUGACGGGGUUUGGUCCUUUUGGGGAGCACACUGUGAAUGCCAGCUGGAUUGCAGUCCAGGAGCUGGAGAAGCUGGGGCUUGGUGACAGCGUGGACCUGCAUGUGUAUGAGAUUCCUGUCGAGUACAAGACUGUGCAGAGGCUCAUCCCCGCCCUGUGGGAGAAACAUAGCCCGCAGCUGGUGGUGCAUGUGGGUGUGUCAGGCAUGGCGACCACAGUCACAUUGGAGAAGUGUGGGCACAACAAGGGCUACAAAGGGCUGGACAACUGCCGCUUUUGCCCUGGCUCCCAGUGCUGUGUGGAGGACGGUCCUGAAAGCAUUGACUCCAUCAUCGAUAUGGACGCUGUAUGUAAGAGGGUCACCACGUUGGGCCUGGAUGUGUCGGUGACCAUCUCACAAGAUGCUGGCAGGAAAAUCCUGCCCAAGGUGACCAUGUCUUCUGUCCCCAACAGAGGGUGUGGCCCCUGCACUCUCAGGAUGGCUUCUCCCUGACCCCCAGAGUCCCUGUGAGUGCCUUGUCCGAAACCCCCAUGCCUGGGAACCCAGGCUGGGAAAAUGUCUGCUAGACUUUGCUGGGGGCUGGGCCCUGGGAGACCCCAAAUUUGACACCCCCCAAAGCAAAUAAAUUAGUUGAGAUAUGUGAUUUCUUGCGUGCCUUUGUGAGAAAUUGGCAUCCCCCAGGGUCACCCUCAGCCUGGGUGCGUCAGUGGGCAGAGGGGCUCCAAACCACCAGGAUUUCCGUCCUUGGUGUGUGACCUGGAGCUCAGUUUGUGGUGGUUGCUACAAAUAUGCUGAAUGAAUAACAACGAGAGGAUUUCUGUACAGUUCUCCCUCUUCACAUCCACUGCCUUUGCUGAGUAACUUGCCUGUGAUCACACAACAAGGGGAAGGGCUCUGGGAUUUGAAUCAUUGUGUAGACCCCUAGCGUGUGAAGAAUUCCCACUCCCACAACCCUGUGAAGGGGUGCCAUUACCACUUGUUACAGAUGGGGAAACGGAGGCUCUGCCAGUUGAAGCCCCUUGUCCCACAUGACAUGGCCAGGCAGAGAAAGUGCUAGAAUGUAAACCCAGGCUGGCUGCUCUGAAGCUGAGCAGAUUGAAGAUUAGAAACAGGACUCAGUCCUUCCACAUAUCUGUCCUCAGCAGGAAUGAGUGGCUUUCAAAGAAGAAACUUUUGAAACCAAAGGGGUUUCAGCAAUAACGACCAUGUCUUGUCUCGGGGACCAUCAGUCCCAAGGGAGGGAACGCCUUUUCAAAGUCCCAGGGAUCCAGGGUUUUUGCACCCCCAAGAGAGAGUGUCCACGGUUAGUGGUUUUGCUCCUAAAGCCACUCUUUCCCUGGCCCCUGGAUGUGGCUGCAGUCCCAGGAGCUCCAUCUACAUGCUCCUGUGAUAUUCUGUGUGUCCCUUUCAGAUGGGAGAAUCCUUUCCCCAAAUUCUGGAAACGUCCCCUAGCCUCCUUGGCCCAUGGGAACCCCUGCCUCCCCUUGGCUGCUCUGCCCAGGAAAAGCCCCAAGGACUCCCUUGUGUUGCAGGCCAAGAGACAAUGCUGUGUGGAACGGGCAGUGGGUGAUGUGUGGAGGGGUGAGGGAGAGGUAACAGGGCUGACGGCUCAAGGCCUCGGGGCCUGGGGGAGAGGUCUGCAUGUUAUUCUACGGGCCACGAGAAGUCGGGAGGGCUCACUGUGCUUCCGUGAGCUUCGGUUUCCCUGUACUCUUGGAGCUUUUGUAGAAUUCAGUGAGACUCUGCUUUUAUAGCCCUUAACUAGUGGCACAUAGUAGUUGCUUAAUAAAUGCAAUUAUAUUUCUUCCUCCUGGAAGCUCUCCUGUCUGUCCAGUUUCCUCCUCUGGCUCCUACAACUGCCUAGGUGCCCCCCAACCAAGUCACAUACUCUGGGUAGUAACCGACUGAUUCCAUGGGAGCUGGGGAGGGCGAUCGGGUCUGCCUGGGGUCCCCUGUGUCCUUUGCACCCAGCACAGCGUUGGGUGCAAAAUAGGUGUGCAAUAAACUACGGCACCAAGAGGAGAGGGCUGAGUGCUGGAUGUUCCAACCUGUGGCCAGCAGGGGGCGCAGGGAGGCGCCGGAGCCUCCUGGGAGCAGAGGAUAAGCCGCCUUCGGGGCCAGGCUUCUCCUCCAGCCCCGGCCCCUACCCCGCCUCUUCCCUGCCUCUAGAGCCCCAUCUCCUAGUGGCUGAGCUAGUUAGGAAAUGCCUACUGAGCUGUGCCCUGGGCUGGAGACACACCAGGGAUCCAGCUGUGAUGGGGACACAGUCAGCUGAGGGAUGCAAGGCAGAUGGGGAGAGUUCAUUUGAGGGUAACGCUCAGAGAGGCCGCGCUUGGCUCCAUUCAACAAUUUCUUUCAGCUUCUGCCUGGACAUUCUCAGUCUUAAUUUGAGGUGAGGGUCUGGGACACCAAUCUCACCCUU